AUGACAGGCCUCACUCCUGAACGCGCCCAGCGCGUUCAUGGCUCACCUCCUAAAGUUAGAGUGUCCAGGAAGCGCAAGGCAGACAGCCAGGAUCCUGUCGUUGACCCCAAUACGCCAACUCCUCUAGCGAGCAAAGCCUCAGCCCCGGCGACGGAAGGCCACAAGCGCCAGAAAACAGGUACUUUUAGUGACCACCUUUCUAAAGUCAUAGCAAUUGCUGCAAAGAGCACUACUAGUCUGGAGAUGGCUGACCCCAGCGGCUCCCCUCAAGCGCCGCCAAAGCAGGCGCGCAAGUCAGCCGAGACUAAGGCUCCGGUCGUCCUCAAGUUCGUCUCUAAGCCUAGAUUGGCCACGCAUAGUGGGGACGCGGAUAUGAGGGAUAUCCACGAUUGCGUUCCAGCUAAGCCUAGGAUCACCGGCUUUCUAGGUGCGCUCCCGCCAUUGACCUCAGCUAAGGAUGCCACAGAAGGCAUUGCGGGUGCAGCAACCGCUGUCAAGGACGCGUCGAAUUGGGGUACACGACCGGUCAAGGGUCCCAAAACGACACGGACACUGAAUGCGCAGGAUGUGACUCCGGCUGCCGCUCCUCCUGAAUCCAUCUCACUAGUAUCUAAUCUGAAUGCAAUCCGACCUGCUAAUGCUCCUUCAACGGCUUUCAACCGUCCAGCGCCAACCAAGGUUUCGCCAUGGGAUGAAGAUUUCCCAGCGCCGACGUGCACCUACAACCAGUCGAUUCCGUGCCCUAUCGACUGGGAGUACAUUCGGACCCACGCCAAAAAGUAUACUAAAACACCCCUGACUGACAAGCACAUUCGAGCUUACGAGCUCCGUGCUCCAUGGAACCCCGGCGAGCGACCGACUUUCAACGAAAUUCUUAAGGAACUUAGGGAAACGGGUGACCAGGGUGCGGUGACAUCCGAAGAAGGUAUCCGGAAGCAGUUCUUCAAGGCCAACCAGCGGGUCUAUGAUGCCACUGGCGUCUACUUCGAGAACUCACCGCAAGGCCUGGACGAGUUUCGCAUCAAGAAGCGGGAUCAGCCAGUCACAGGCGAAGCCGCAACCGUGCGGAAGCGAAACAAGUACAGGGCAGGCAUCUGCCUCGGCCACACCGUGAAGGUCUACCUGCAGCCUUCCGAGAAGGAGCGCAAACUCCGAUGCGUCGAAUGCUUUCAAGCAGAGCAACCUUGCAAGGAAUGCAGCCUCGCUGCCGAACCAGACGAGAAAUCUACCCAUGGAGACGAUCGUUGUCUGGAAUGCUGCAUGGAAGGCAGUUGCUAUGACGGAGCCUGUCGCAUGACCGACAUUGACUGCUGCCCCAAGUGCUGCGAUCCUAUGGAGGGCAUGUGCUUGUGCCCAUGCCGCUGCAAUCCGCAGCCGCUCAAGCCGAACCACUCGCGUCUUCGGUACCUUGAGCAUAUCUCCCGCAUGGGCUCUCCAGCCGGCUGUCCUAAGCACAGCCCGCUGCCUGUGCGGGAGCUGACUCGCGAGCAUAUCGAAGCCGUCUCUUAUCGGGAUAUUGAACCGGAGAUGAUUCUCAAGGUCUCUGAAGAGAUCUUCGAUCUCUACACGAGCUGCUUCUCCCCAACGAUACGCCACAAGUUUCCUGAGCGCAUCAAUUUUCUGGAAGCGUGGGGCAAGACGGAUCUGAUCUACGCUGAUGCCGCUGCGUCUCCCACGCUCGGCGACGUUCUGAAGGUCUACUGCUUGUCCCAAGCGAUGGAUACACCGGACGUCAGCGACAUGGUCCUCGAUCAUAUCAAAAACGUUAUACGUGAUGAGGAAGAGCUCAUUGAGCAGUACAGGUCGGGGGAGUUCGACAUGCACGACAAAACUGAUGCCUCUUGUCGAAUCUUGGACUUGGAACCUGAGGACUUCAAUUACGUCUGGGGCAAUACCACCUCCGACGACCCGAUCCGCCUUCUCUUGCUUGACAUUUUCUCCCACAAGGGUGACGCCGCCCGCACGAGGAUCGAGGAAGAGAAAGAACACUGGCAUCCGGAGUUCCUCAUGUACCGAAAGAUGCGAGACCGAAAGAAGAUAGACGACAAACUCACAGCCCUCAAUGCGCGUAGCGACAAUCUGAGCCAGCAAGUACAAUUAGCCACGAUGUUUGAUUGGGAUCACGCUCCGCUUGAUCAAAUGUACACGGAGAUCAACGCGGCUGAAGCGAGAUGCAGGGAACUACGACCGGUGUUAGAAAUUCUACAUCCACAGAUUGAUCUCCUAAAAGAAAAAGCAUCCAACCAUCUCGAAGAAGGCGGCUUGAUCGGCCGACUAGUCUACCGCCCGCGCGAUGACGGGAUGCCUCACGACGAUGGCGUCUGGCACUCACACAACGCAUGUCUGUUCGAGGGCUGGCUGCCUAAGCAGUCCGUCUUCGGCAACGGAUGGUCCGACAAAGAUAUCGAAGAGCGUCUUGUGCAGAAUGACACCGUGCGGUGUCUCUCCCCUAAAGAUGACGAAGCUUUCUGCAACACGUAUCAUAAUAACUGCUCUAAUGGCGUCGGGUGCUGUAAAGCGGAACCGGCGCUUGAUGCUGAGGAGGAGGAUGAAGAAGGGUACGAUAGCGAGAAGGAGGAUGAGGACGAAGAGAUGUCAGACAUCGAUGAUUAUGAUGAGGGAGACCUGUGGCGUUUCCCAUGGGCGUAA